CAUGAGCGUGCUUUUGGUACAAGCAUUCACAGUGAAUAAUGGCGCCUGUAAUCUCUCCAUUCCUGGACCCUGGGACACACUCCACGGCAAAUAGCCUUGGAAUAGUGCAAUUGCGACGCGAUCAUCUCAUCCCAGCUGUUCUUGCGCCAAACGGCGACUCGGAUUAUGCAGUAGGAAAGGUUGAAAACACGCGCUUUGGCUCUUUCCCUCACAGCACACUCGUCGACCAGCCAUGGGGGACGCAGGUACUUGCAUCAGUUGUCGACACCGGGUCGCGCGGCAGGGCGAAGAAGCGCAAGAGAGACGGCAAAGAUGAGGGCGCAGAAACAUCCACGACAGACGCUGCAGAAACGAAGAAAGACAUCGUCAAAGCUGCGACUGCCAGUAGUGGAUUUGCGCAUUUAGUACCGCCUACACCAGAGACAUGGACGCUCUCUCUCCCCCACCGAACCCAAGUCGUCUACACCCCCGACUACAGCUACAUCCUGCAGCGCCUGCGCGUCCGACCCGGUGACCACCUCAUCGAAGCCGGCGCAGGCAGCGGCUCCUUCACACACGCAGCCGUGCGCUGCGUUUACAACGGCGCGCCCGGUAUGGAGACCACCUCCUACAUUGCAGCCGACAUGCAAGAAGAGCUCGACGCCGUCGGCACCGCGCCCACCAAACGCAAGCGCACGCCCCGACAAGGCGGCGUGUACUCCUUCGAAUACCACGAGCCGCGCGCAAAACAACUACACCACGAAAUCGUAGAGCACGGCUUAGACCCCGUCGUCACAGUCACCCACCGCGACGUCUACGCCAACGGCUUCAACCUCGACGACGCCACCAGCCCCGACGCAGACGCUAUAUUCCUCGACCUUCCCGCCCCCUGGCAAGCACUCAAGCACCUCACGCGCACCGCGCAACCAGACUCCGCGUCUACCACCGAAACCGAAACCCCCUUCGUCUCGCCCCUCAACCCCCGCAAAGCAGUCCGCAUAUGCAGCUUCUCCCCCUGCAUCGAGCAAGUCACCAAGACCGUCGCCGCCCUGCGCACCCUGGGCUGGCUCGAAAUCGACAUGGUCGAGAUCCAAGCCAAGCGCCUCGAAGUGCGGCGGGAGCGCGUGGGGCUCGCGGAGGAGGGUCUGCGCGGCGGCAACGCGAGCGCAGGGAGCGUCACCGAGGCGGUGCAGCGCCUGCGCGAUGUCGAGGGGCGCGCGGCCGUGUUCCACGGGCUGCAGCGCGAGAAGCAGGAGGAGGUGUUGCGGCGCGCGGAGGCUAGGAAGAGGGGUGAGGAGGGGCAGGGCGCGCAGGGGGGGAAGGGGGCGAAGGGGAAGGAGAACCUGCCGCCUAGUAAGCAUGACAGGCUGGAUAAGGCGAAGCGGGAUGCGGAGACGAGGCCGCUGUUCAAGGAGGGAAGGUUGGUGCAUCGGACUGAGCCGGAGCUCAAGACGCACACGAGUUAUCUCGUGUUUGCGAUAUUGCCGCGGCAGUGGACCGCUGCGGACGAGGAGAAGGCGCGGAAGCGGUAUGGAUAAUUGAUGAAGCUGAGAGAUACCCAUAUAUUUAUGGAUGAGUGACAGA